GGGCGUGGCGCGGGUGGCGCGCUCCUCCCUCGGCGGCCGCUCCGCCUCGGGCGCUCCCGCCGGGUCUCCAUGGCGACGGGACGCGGCCGGCUCAUGCAGCAGCUUUGGUUCGGCCUCCAGGCACUGCGUUUGCCGCCCGGCGGCGCCGGCGCGGCCCCGGGGACUGACCGGGAGGCCGCCGGGCCCGCCGGGAUCAGUUUCAGAAAGGGGCCAAGCGCCAGGUGUGCAGGAAGGACUACUACCCUGAAGCAGUGCGCUGGGUGGGGAAGGCGCUGUGAGCAGCCCUCCACUGUGCAUCCUGUGUCUCUGGAGAGGAUGCCUUCAGAAAUCUUGCUGAAGAUCUUUUCCUACUUGGAUGCUGUGACCCUGCUGUGUGCUGGAUGUGUGAAUAGGCGCUUUUAUCAUCUGGCCAAUGACAAUUUUAUUUGGAUCAGAAUCUAUUCAACUGCAUUUUCACCUAAAAGAUCUAACUGGAAAGUUAACUCAGCAGAGACGACUGCUGUAUCUAUGAACUUACUGUCGGUUGAGGAUAAAGAAGCUGGAUACUGGAAGAAAGAAUAUAUCACAAAACAAAGAGCAUCUGUAAAAGCAGCGCUAGCUCAGGUUCUCCAGCCUGUCAACACUUACACAGGCCUUCCAGUCAAAACCAAAGAGGCCCUCAGCUUUUCUUUCUGCAGAAUAUCUGGUUUAGGUUGGGUAAUUAUACUGAAAGAAAAAAAUGGAAAAGAGUACAUCAUGGAGCACGUUGACCUUUCCAUAAAUGAUUCAUCAGUGACGAUUAUGUGGUAUGGCAAAAAUUGGCCACAGCUAGCCACGUUGUCAACCUUAGAUUUGUGUGGUAUGAUGCCAGUUUUUAUGGACCGGUCUAAAACCCCCUCCAAAAAUGGACCUCGGUGGCAUUCUUUAAUUGCAAAGUACAACCUGAGUAAUUUAACUGAAUCCACCCUGAUUGGCUGGGACAGACUCAUUCGGAUCUUCUGUCUACACCCAGGCCUCCUGGUGGGGCUGUGGAAGAGGGAGGAAGAACUGGCUUUUGUUAUGGCAAAUCUUCAUUUCCAUCACCUUGUGGAGAAGAGCACGUUAGGCUCAGCCACUGUCCCCUACGAGCUACCUCCUCAUACCCCCCUUUUGGAUGACAACCCAGAGUGCGGACUGCAUGGCUACCAGCUCCAUGUUGAUGUGCACAGCGCUGGAAUUUUCUACAUGUGUGGUACAUUUCGCAGUCUCUUUACCAAGAAAGGAUCCAUUGAAAAUGGAUAUGUGAAGCUUGUUGUUAUAAGUUUCAAAAAUAACACAGAACACCUACCUCUUAUUGGAAAAGUUGGCCUCUCUUGGAGAACGGAUGUUUUCAAUGGCUGUAUAAAGAGUUGUUCUAUAAUGGACGUAACCCUUUUGGAUGAAUAUGGGAAACCCUUUUGGUGUUUCAGUUCCCCUGUUUGCAUGAGAUCUUCCGGGCCCUCUGAUGGGCCUAACUUCUUGGGACACACUUACUAUGUUGACUAUGUGGACUCGGAAGGAAAAGUGCACAUGGAGCUGGUGUGGAUCAAAGAGACAGAAGAAUACUUCAUCGUCAGCCUGGUCCUUUACCUGAGGAUAGCAAAAAUAAACCACUGGUUUGGGACAACAUACUAAGUAUUGGCAGGGGGUGGCAAAUUAUUGUUGCUGUUUGUUUAUUUUGGACUCACCGGUUGUGUUCUUGGUGUUGGAAGUUGAAAUAAAGCAGUCUGUUUGAAGCGUGCUUCUUUCA